AAUGAUGCGAUGGUCGUACCGCCUCCGCCUUUCUUAUUUUCACUUUCCCUUUACCUGGAAAAAAAUCCAUCCAAAGCACCAACCCCAAACAUCAAUUUCCCCCCGUUCUUGCCUAAUCUUUCAUGGAUUUUUAUCAAUUUUUUUCAUUCUCUUGAAAAUCAAUCUCCUUUUUCUAACUCUCUAUCUCCUUUCUCAUCUUCUCUGCUUGUGACUACCAUCAGGUGUUGCCAUCUUUAAGAGAGAAGCAUGAUGAGUUCAUGCUAAGGGAGCUUGUUAAAAGAUGGUCAAAUCAUAAAAAAAUGGUUCAGUGGCUGUCGCGACGCUUCCUUUAUCUUGAUGAGCACUUCAUUCGUCGGAGAUCACUUCCUACACUUAAUGAAGUUGGAUUAACAUGCUUCCGUGAUCGGGUAUACAAUGAAAUAAAAGAUAAAGUCAGAGAUGCCGUAAUUAUCCUGAUUGACAAAGAACGUGAGGGAGAAGGGAUAGACAGGGCACUACUGAAGAAUGUGUUGGAUAUUUUUGUUGAGAUCGGCAUGGAAUAUUAUGAAAAUGACUUUGAAGAACACAUUCUCAUUGCUACUGGUCAGUACUAUUCACGUAAGGCGACCAGCUGGAUUUUGGAGGAUUCUUAUCCAGAUUAUUGCAUGUUAAAGGCAACACUCUCUUCAUAUGCCUCAUUUGAAGAAUGCUCGAAGAAGGAAAUGGAAAGACUGUCCCAUUACCUGCAUUCAAGUAGUGAACCGAAGUUAGUGGAGAAAGUGCAACAGGAGUUGCUGGUGGUCGUUGCCAAGCAACUACUUGGAAAAUGGAAUUCUGGAUGUCUUGCGUUGCUCAGAGAUGAUAAGGUAUGGUGCUCUCCAUUCUUUUUGACUGUAUGCAAAUAAGCAUAUAAAAUAAAAAGAUUGUUGGAUUGUAAAAGUACUUGUAUCAUGUAGACUAACUCUCUGUCUUUUAGAUGAUAUUUCUGUCCAUCUGUUUAGACAAUGUUGUGCUAUGUUCUGUUAUUUGGCGAAAAUUAAUAGGAAUAUCAAUU